AUGCAGAAGGCGUUGAGGAAAAACGGCGAGAAACGUCGACGUCUUUCGUUACCUGUACCUACUCGGUGGUACACUCACGAGAAGUGUAUCGCCAGUGUUUACCACAACAAAGACAUUCUCGCUGCGAUCUUUUCAGAUACGGCUUUGCUUAAGAGCUAUGAAGGCGAUGCUUUGGAUAAAUCUCUUGCCGCUUUUUAUGACGAUGGAUUUUGGCAGGACACCCAGAUCGUUUUAUCGCUAAUUGAGCCCAUUAACAAGAGUCUCACAGCAUUUGAGCGCGAUAACUGCAGCAUUUCACUUGUUACAACCAGUUCGAGUGGCUGCGAGAAAAAUUGCUCGAAGGAAGUGAUACUGGCGAAUCUCCUCGACCACUCCAAACCAAUGUAUGAUCACGAGAAUGCGGACACAAAAGCAAGGAUUAACGCUGCCAAGGAACUUGUCCUUGAGAUGGAGCUGAUUCCGGAUGCGUUGGGAGACGAAUUUCACUUACAGUUGCAAAAUUUUGUCAUCGCAAAGUCGGAAUGGACUGGGAGAACUCGUGUCGACCAUCACUGCUACAGUCCUAUCAACUGCCACGCAAGCGCACCGGCAACGUCCAAGAUUGACUUGGAGGCGGCCUCCAACGUUGGUAAAGCUGGCUACAUGGGCUUCGUGAACAAGCUCAAGGAGUACAUUGUGGACGGCGACAUUCUCCAGGCUGUGCCAUCGCAGCUACUGGCCGUUGACCUCCCGAAGGACGCCACCCCGCUGGAUCUGUACCGUCAGAUGCGCAUUGUUGGCUCAUCACCCAAGAUGCUUGUCAAGGUGGACCACGACCGUAUUGUAGAGACCCACCCUAUUGCUGGUACCCGUCACCGUGGCGCCAAUGAUGAGGAAGAUGAGGCGCUGGUGAAGCAUCUCCUCCCUCGUCUGUCGCUGCACUUCACUGAUGGAGAUCAUCCAGGCCGAGUGCUGUGCGCCACAGGUCAUAGCCACCAAGUUCUUGACGUAGUUCUGACCCCGUAA